UGCGGUCUGACUGAAAAUGGCUGCUGGCGGAGAGCAGCAACAAACCCACCGACCUGGGGUUUACAAACAGAAAAACAAACAGCACAAGCAUGGGAAACACCGAACGAAAGGCGAGAUUGGACGUGAAAGCAAGGGCAGAGUUGCUGUGGUGGCUCUUACCAAGAAUCAAAGGCGGGAGUUGACAAGGAUAGACAGAAGACACAAAGCCAGCCAACUGCGUCGGAACAAGAAGAACCUGGUGUUGACAGAGAAACGGCGGCUGGGGAGUAGGGACGGCCCGCCUCAUCUAGUGGCAGUCGUCGCCCUGCACGCAGAUGUGGAUGCCGGAGCCGUGACCCAAAUGCUAAGAAGCGAGGGGGCCGGAGGAGUGCUACAUGAAGACCAAGGAGUUAAAGGGGCCCAGGACAGUUUUGGCCUGGUCCUUCCCCGCUUUAAACAGAGAUUCACUUUCCACCGCCCAGACCCAGCUGACCUGCACUCGCUCCUGGACGUGUCCAAGGUGGCGACCAGUUUGGUUUUUGUGCUGGAACCCACUGAAGGCUGGGACAGUUAUGGAGACUAUUGCCUUUCCAGCCUCUUCGCACAAGGCUUGCCAAGUCACGCGCUGGUGUGCCAGGGCAUAGCUGACCUGCCGGUGAAGAAGCGGGCCGAGUCCCGCCGGGCGCUCUCCCGACUGGCCGAGACGCGUUUCCCAGACGCGCGCCUCUUCCCCGUGGACUCGGAGCAGGAUGCGGCGCUGCUGCUCCGCCACCUGGGGGCGCAGAAACAGCGCCGGUUGGCUUUCCGCUCUCGCCGCUCGCAUAUGCUGGUCCAGCAAGCCUCUUACACCCCCGGUGGCAGUGGUGGGAGAGGACCGGCCACGGGUCUGGGGAAGCUGCAUGUGUCGGGCUACGUCCGAGGCUGCCCCCUGCUGGUGAACAGGCUGGUGCACAUUGCUGGUCACGGGGACUUUCAGCUGAGUCAGAUCGACGCACCCGAUGACCCUCUGCCCAUUGUCGCAGCUGCCCUGCACCCUGCAAAGCCGGCCAGAGGAGGAGAUGUGGAUAUGAUGGAUGGCGGUGCCGGAAACGCGUCUGAGGCCGGAGCGGAGGUGCGCGUGCUGAUGAAGGCGGACCCCUCUCAGAGAGAGAGCCUGCAGGCCGAGGCCGAGGUCGACCCCAUGGAGGGGGAACAGACGUGGCCCACCGAGUCCGAGCUCCAGGAGGCUGAGGAGGCCAGGAAGAGCAGAAAGGUGAAGGUGCCAAAGGGCACCUCAGACUAUCAAGCCACAUGGAUUGUGGAUGAGGACGAUGAAGAGGAUGUGGACAGCUGCUAUGAUGAUGAUGAUGAUGAUGACGAUGACAAUAUGAUGGACGAUGGAGAUGAUGCCGAAAAUGAGUCUCAGGAUGGUGAGCUUGGCUGUGAAUCUGGAGAGGAGGAGGAGGAAGAGGAGGAGAUGAGCUCAACGGGCCGCGUCGGAGCCGAGCAGAAAUACGACGAAGCCAUGGACGAGUCAGAGGAGAAAGACAGUCUCGAGCGCUACCGCGAAGCUCGAUCACACGAGAUGUUCCCCGACGAAGUGGACACACCCUUAGACGUGCCCGCCAGGACAAGGUUCCAACGAUACAGGGGUUUGAAGAGUUUCCGCUCGUCUCCGUGGGAUCCCAUGGAGAACCUGCCUCAGGAGUACUCGCGCAUCUUCCAGUUCCAGAACUUCGAGCGAACACGCCGCCGUGUCCUAGCUGAGGCAGCUGCCGAGGACGAGGGGGCCAUGGUUGGCUGGUACGUCACUCUGCACGUGGAGGACGUGCCUCCUUCUGUGAUGGAGAGCUUCGAGGCGGGCAAGCCCCUUGUGCUGAUCUCCCUGCUCCCGCACGAGCACAAGAUGUCCGUGAUGCACGUGCUGGUUCGCCGGCACCCUGCUCACACGGAGCCCGUCGCGUCUAAGGAGGAGCUGGUGUUCCAGUGCGGCUUCAGACGCUUCCGGGGCUCAGUCCUCUUCUCCCAGCACACCGCCGGGGACAAGCACAAGAUGGAGCGCUUCCUGCGCGCCGACGCUCCGACCGUGGUGUCCGUGUAUGCGCCCAUCACCUUCCCCACUGCCGGGGUGCUGCUCUUCAAACAAAGGGACAACGGAAUGCAUGACUUGGUAGCCAGCGGCAGCCUGCUGAGUUGCGAGCCCCGCCGCGUGGUGCUGAAGAGGAUCGUCCUGAGCGGGCACCCGUUCAAGAUCAAUCGGCGCUCGGCCGUCGUCCGCUACAUGUUCUUCGACAGGGAUGAUAUCCUGUGGUUCAAGCCAGUGGAGCUGCGCACCAAAUGGGGACGAAGGGGACACAUCAAAGAGGCCUUGGGUACUCACGGUCACAUGAAGUGCGUGUUCGACAGUCAGCUGCCUUCCCAAGACACAGUGCUGAUGAACCUGUAUAAGAGGGUGUAUCCCCACUGGACAUAUGACCCCUAUGUGCCGCCCUCUGUGCCCUGGGUCAAGAGGGAGGAGCUAGAGGAUCUCCUCGCCAUGGACUAGAUAGGGCAGGGGAAUACAGACCGUCAGGGCCCGUGGACGUGAUUUUUACUCCUGAUGGCUACUCCUACAGUAUAUAGAUGUAGAAGAAUAAAUAUGAUGAUAGUUCGUCA